AACACGUGAACUGACACACUUCCUGUGUUUUUCGAUGUAAACCAAUAAACGGCGUGGUGUAAACAAACGCAGACCGUAUACAUAUUAUUAGACAUAGUCAUUGUAAUAAUUUCUGAAUAAAGUAAGUUCAUAGAGGUAUUUGUGGACUACACUACAGUACUGUAUUGGUGAUUUAAAAAUUGUGACACAGUGACACAGUGACAGUGCACACUCAACUCGGAUUGGCAUUGGCUUGCACGCGACCGAGCGAGGGCUAGCCAGUGAUUGAUUGGUGAAAGUAACGUGCUCACAAUUUGCAUUCUCGUUAUCUUGGUACGGUUUUAUCGUCAGCAUGGCAUCGCCCCAUUGGAAGGAUCUUGAGAUCGUCCUUCUUGAGCCCAGUCAUUGUAAACUGCUCUCAGCAGAAUCCUCAUCCUGUUUGAAAGAAAUCGCUUCAAAUGAUGGCAACCUUUUACUCUGCGUAAAAUCUAUCAUCGAUGGUGACUAUGAGCAAGUUCUUUUGGGAGAAGUCGCUAUGGCGAUAUUAGGCUCAGGGGAGGACGACAUCGGUGAUGCCUCUGAUGUCGUUGACUUCAUUCAGAAAAAGGUUGAAGCAUUCAUCCAGAAGAGUCAAACCAAGGAUGACAAUUCAAGGGAGCUGUGUGUAUUGUGCGUUGGAGUGGCUUGCCUGCAGCUGUUCAUUCAGAGCAAUUGGACAGGACCACCAUGUAAAGUCAACCCUACAGAUGUACUGCCAAGAAGCCUAAGUCAAGACGCCAAGACAUUUCAUGACUCAACAAUGUCAACUCUGAGUCCAGAUGACUCGGCAAUUUACUCAUUGGUUACUCAUCCUGAGUUUCUCUUGAUAUCAACUGCUAUAUUGAACCGCUGUAAGGCUUCUCUUGCCACUUGCGUAACUUCAGAUUGGUGGAAUUUGAGAUGUCUGUGGAUUCAUCAGCAAUGUCUAGAUGAGAAGUCGCCAAUGCUCCAUGAGGAAAUACAUACAUUAAUGGAUUCAAUUAGCAGUAACGAAGCUCUGAUGAACGGCAAACAGUACGUUGACCUGUGCGUCAUACACCAUUUGGAAUGCAGCCAUAUAUGUCAAUAUUAUUACGAGUACACAAGAGGAAAGGAGCACCUUAACACAGCAAAGAAGGUCGCUGGGUUAGAGGUCAAUCUAACAGCUGCGCUUGGCAAAAGGACUCGGUUCCAGCAAACAGACAAGGCCCAACUCUUCUUGAGAGUCCGUCAUGAGGAUUCUGGUGAGACACCAGCAGCCCAAACAAAACAUCAACUUGUCAAGGGUCUCCCAGUGGAUCUGAACUUGAAUGAUGAAACAGUUCUUGACGCCAUCAACUUCAAAGAUGCUGAUGUCAAUCAACUUCCUGAGUUGUCCAGCGCUGAACAGGCGCUGGUCUUGGCUCUUUGUAUACGAGAGAAAAAGAGUAGACCAAGGGAAGUACUGAUACUAGAAGAACUAAAGGCAUAUAUUGUGGCAGUAUUAAGGCAACCUCAAGUAUGGGGAAUUCACACCUUGGCCCUGAUGACAAGAUGUCAACUUGAGAAAGACGCUGGCAGGACUGUAGAGAGAGCCAUGAUGCAAAUGCAGUCUCUUGUGGAUCAGUUCAAUGGCUUGGAAUGUGCUGUGACUGACCGAAUGGAGUUAUUACAUGCAGUAGGCCUGCCACCAAAGUGGACCAUGGAGAGUGAGUUAGCUAGCCUGUUAAUGAGUCUUGGUGUAGUGACUGCAGCCCUGGAGGUCUAUGUCAGGCUAGAGUUGUGGGAAGAGGUUAUUAAAUGCUACACAUUACUUGAGAAACCUGACAAGGCCACAAAGAUAAUCCGUGACCAGCUUGCCAUCAAGGAAACGCCCACUCUCUGGUGCAUGAUGGGAGACUUCAAGAAGGAGAAAAAGUUCUACGAGAAGGCAUGGGAGUUAUCGGGACAGCGUAACGCUAGGGCCAUGAGAUCGCUGGGACUGUAUUACCUUGAGGAGGAGGAAUGGGAGAAGAGUAUAGAAUGCCUGGAGAUGUCACUCAAGAAGAACCCACUUCAGUACAAUGCUUGGUUCUGGCUUGGCUACUCCGCUAAUAAAGCUGAGAAUUACGAGAUCGCUUUGAGGGCGUAUCGGAAAUGUGUGACCUUGGAGAGCGAUAAUGGGAAAGCAUGGAAUAACUUGUCAUCAGCUCUCCUCAAUCUCAAACAAAAGCCGAAAGCAUUCAAGACUCUUCAAGAAGCCAUCAGGUGUCUGUACGAUUCCUGGCAGAUAUGGGAGAAUUACAUGCUGGUGGGUGUAGAUAUAGGAGAGUUCAAGGAAUCCAUGAGAGCAUUCCAUCGACUGCUUGAAAUCAAGGAGAAGUAUGUGGAUGAGGAGGUGUUAGCAAUCAUGGUCAGAGCGGUUACUCAGGAUUUACCAGACGCUGAUGGCAAUCCUUCUAGCGCUAUCAAAGGCAAACUGGUGGAGUUAUUUGGCAGGGUGACAGCCAAUGUUACGACCAACGCCAAGGUGUGGAAGCUGUAUGCUCAACUUCAUGGUAACACAUUGACGGACCUCCCAGAAAGCAACGACAAGGCAUUGCAGUGUCUUCAGAAGGCCCAUCGUCUUAACACACAAAGCCAAGAGUGGAGUAAAGAUGUGAAAUCUUGCAAGGACACGGUGGAAGAGUCAAUACAACUUGCACAAGCUUAUGAGACGUGCAGCAAAAGUAAAGUCAAUAACGGAGAAGCAGCCCAACUUCUUUCAUCAGCCAAACUCAUGCUGAAGUCGAUCAUCAGUAAAGCUAAGAAAGAACAUUCGGAGGGUUCAUCGACCCAAGCUGAGCUCUCUGACCCGUUAGCUUCAGCAGAAAGUGAACUUCAAACUGUGGUUGAGCUAAUUCAACAAAGGAAGGAAUAGAAAGGACAACGGAGAUGAAAGACAGUCACCAACCGUUAGAGGUUACUGCAGAAAUGAGAAAUUUCAGACUUUUAUCCGAAUUCAGUCUUUUUUAUGUCAGCCGUUAUUUUUCCCAUGUAUAAAGAAGUCCUCCUCCAUGGUCUACUUCAUUGACUGAGGAUACUGUUCAGGGUUUGCCUUGUAUUGGAACCGAGUCCAGCCAGCGGGACCAAUUAGCUUGUUGUUUCAUUAGUUGGCCGGCUUUUUCAACAGUUCAUAUUUCAUAUUAAACAGGGAUGCUUUACCAAUUUUAAAGGGAUACGUUACCUUGGAUUGGGCGAGUUGGUCUAUGAAAAGCGUUUGUAACCGUUUGUUAUGAAAUGCAUAUG